UUGCUGAGUAGCGGCAGGAGCCUCGCGUAGCCUUCAGCGGCAGCCGCGCCGGGCUCGGGUUGGUAACAUGGAGGAAGAGGACGAGAGCGGCUACGGAUCCAUGCGUGGUCUCAAAAUCCCCACAUUGAUGGGUGUUCGCCCAGAUGGUUUGGACAGCAAAACUUCAUGCUCUGAAUCAGUGCCCAGCGACUUGUCCCCCGAGGAGUGUCAGGAGCUUGAGAACAUCCGGCGGCGGAAGCAGGAGCUGCUGGCGGACAUCCAGCGUCUGAAAGAUGAGAUAGCAGAGGUGACUAAUGAAAUCGAGAACUUGGGGUCCACAGAAGAGAGGAAGACAAUGCAGAGAAACAAGCAGGUGGCCAUGGGCAGGAAGAAGUUCAACAUGGACCCUAAGAAGGGCAUCCAGUUCUUGAUUGAAAAUGACUUGUUGAAGAACACGUGUGAUGACAUCGCCCAGUUCCUCUACAAAGGGGAAGGGCUCAACAAGACGGCCAUUGGCGAUUACUUGGGUGAAAGAGAUGACUUCAAUAUCCAGGUAUUGCAUGCAUUUGUGGAGCUGCAUGAGUUUACUGACCUCAACCUGGUCCAGGCACUGCGGCAGUUUCUCUGGAGCUUCCGGCUGCCAGGGGAAGCUCAGAAGAUUGACAGGAUGAUGGAAGCUUUUGCACAACGAUACUGCCAAUGCAACCCUGGUGUCUUCCAGUCUACAGAUACUUGUUAUGUGCUCUCCUUUGCCAUCAUCAUGCUCAACACCAGCCUGCACAACCCCAACGUCAAGGACAAGCCAACGGUGGAGCGUUUCAUUGCCAUGAACCGUGGCAUCAAUGACGGCGGAGACCUGCCCGAGGAGCUGCUCAGGAACCUCUAUGACAGUAUAAAAAACGAGCCUUUCAAAAUUCCUGAGGAUGAUGGCAAUGACUUGACACACACUUUCUUCAACCCUGACCGUGAAGGCUGGCUUCUGAAACUCGGUGGACGGGUGAAGACGUGGAAACGGCGAUGGUUCAUCUUGACAGAUAACUGCCUUUACUACUUUGAGUAUACCACGGACAAAGAACCGCGAGGCAUCAUCCCACUGGAGAAUCUGAGUAUUCGUGAGGUAGAGGAUUCAAAGAAGCCAAAUUGCUUUGAGCUGUAUAUUCCUGACAACAAGGACCAGGUGAUUAAGGCCUGCAAGACGGAGGCAGAUGGGCGUGUGGUAGAAGGGAACCACACUGUGUACCGCAUCUCUGCACCCACCCCAGAGGAGAAGGAAGAGUGGAUGAAAUGCAUCAAAGCUGCAAUCAGCCGGGACCCAUUCUAUGAAAUGCUCGCGGCACGCAAGAAGAAGGUGUCCUCUACCAAGCGACAUUAGUUUCUGGGGUCUACUCGAGUGGCAGCAGCAUUGGCAGAGGAUGCCUGUCAGUCCCCUGGCAGUGGGGAAAGAGACUGUGCGGAACCACCUGCCACCCUGAAGCGGGGGGGACAAGCUUCAGCUUCUGCUAUUCUUUUCUGGCUUGGGCACAGGAGGUGGGGCGGGGGGGGGGCUACAUCAUUAGCAACCCUUGCUGGCUCUUUGUCUACAAGGAGGCCAUCUCCCCUGCUAGUUCCUCCACGGGUCUACUUGAAGCCAACUGCAUCAUCUGCUGUCCAAAGGCAGGAAGAGGAGGCUGUGGUUCUCUCCCCCUCCCCACCAGUACUGGCUGACUUGUUCAUUUGCUUGAGCUGGUGGUGAGGCAGAGUGGGUUACGUAGGCUGUGCCCCCAAAGAGCGCAGCCUUCAAGCUGCCAUUGGGAAGACUUACUGUGCUAGGUUUCGGGUUACUGUUUUGAGACCCAGAACUAGGCAUGUACUGCAAGGGCCCUGAUCACUCCGCAAUAGUGGAGGUGGAGGGGAAGACUCUAGCUUUGCAGCGUAGAGAUUCCUGCGAUACCUCUGCCUUGAUGUUACUACCUUUUCUCUUUAAUUUAGCAAGCCAUUUGGCUCCCCCCUUCAAACAAUUGAACUUUCUGAUUUCAUUGGUUCUCCUUAACAAGUACUUUAUUAACUAUGUUGGGUAAAGAGCAACUGAGAAUGUUGGCCCAGACAACGAAUGUGCGGAGUCGCAGGUCAGCCAUCUCCAAAAGCUUUAUUGCCCUUGUUCUAGAGGGCCCUAACUUAGGCUGUCUCUGAUGCCAUGCAGGACUGAGGCCAGCACGGGACUCACUGCUCUGUUGUGCCAUGAGGAGAAGGUGGUGCUCUUGUGGGCCUCGGGAGGGGCACACGUGGCUGUGGGUGGGACAGUGGUGUAACCCGGGCUGCUGCUUUACAGGUCACUCUGUCAACAGCUGCUGGAAACCGUGUCACGGGGCAGUUGGGCAUGAUCCGAUCUUACGUUGGAACCCCGAACAGUCAUUCUCCUUUGUUGCCCGUUGCGGCUGAUAUCCCACGAUUUCGAGGAAAAGAUUGUGGCAGCUUUCCUCCUUGUGCUGGAGGAAUUGGUAUAAAAGGGGUGUCUCGGGAUACUCUCAAAUUGUCCUGCUGCAGUUGCAUUUUUCAGCAGGGAUCGGGACUAGGGUGGGUUAGGGUGGAGGCUGCCCCGGACGAGUGGGCGCUAUCCUUGGCCCUGAAGCACAAACAGAUGGUUGGUGUUGGGGAACUCACGGGAGGGGGAGAUGAAGGUCUGAAGGGUAAGGAUGCAGCUGAUGCUGGAAGCGUGCAGCCGGGGAGUUUCUGGCUGCCUUGGGGUUUGCAGAGGGUGAUCCGUUAGAAGAUUGCCUUCCCCUUGUUAAAGGAUCGCGGUGCUGUUCAUCCACUGGACACCUUGCCAUCUUGGCAACCUCCGCUUCCACGGCUCAGUAUUAGACUAUUUAUCUGAGAUGUAUAUACUCUCUGUAUAGAUUUUUUUUCUCCUUUUACAUUGUUUUUGUAUUUGUUUUAAAUAAGAAAACCUGCUUUUGCAAAACAGAACAGGAUUCUCAAGCGUUGCUGUGGCACAAGGCGGAAGGGGGUUGUGGGAGGAGGGCGGAAGGUAUUCCAGUUGAAAUGAUUUGGUUACAGUUUUGUUCUGAAUCCUUUUUCCUUUUUUAAAAAAUCUUUGCUACAACCUUGUGAUCUAGCAAAGAGCAACUGCAGCAAAUAAAUGUUGAUCUCACA